GGUAGAACCCGGAUCCCGGAAUUCCACGUUCUUCGGAGCGGGGCUUCUGGAGACGGCGGGUGGGAAAACCCGGCGCCCGGAAGCCUUUGCUUUCUUUGACGCAAGGGCUCGGGACGCAGCCGCCGUCGGCCGAGCGCCCGGCGAGGAGCGACCCCAGACGGAGCCUUCGGAGCCCCUCCGCCCUCACGUCUCCAGGUCCCCGAGCCUCGGUCUUCCUCGCCGCCCUACUCGUGGCCAUGGAGUGUCCGCACCUCAGCUCUAGCGUCUGCAUCGCUCCGGACUCAGCCAAGUUCCCCAACGGCUCCCCGUCGUCCUGGUGUUGCAGCGUGUGCCGCUCCAACAAAAGCCCCUGGGUCUGUUUGACUUGUUCAAGUGUCCACUGUGGAAGGAUUUGGGGAACCUGAAAAUACUUUGUACAGAUAACAUUAAAAAAAAAAAAAGAAGAAAAGUAGAAGCACUUAAAUUCUUCACUUGAAGAGACAGAUUCCUCUCCUAGAUUUUGAGAGGUAUGUGAAUGGCCAUGCAAAAAAACAUUAUGAAGAUGCACAAGUACCCUUAACUAAUCAUAAGAAAUCAGAAAAGCAAGAUAAACCUCAGCAUACAGUGUGUAUGGAUUGCAGUAGCUACAGUACCUACUGUUAUCGCUGUGAUGAUUUUGUGGUUAAUGACACCAAGCUGGGACUGGUACAGAAAGUCAGAGAACACUUACAGAACUUGGAAAACUCAGCUUUCACAGCUGAUAGGCAUAGGAAAAGAAAACUUUUGGAAAACUCAUCACUAAACAGCAAGUUGUUAAAAGUAAAUGGAAGCACCGCUGCCAUCUGUGCCACAGGCCUCCGGAAUCUGGGGAACACAUGUUUCAUGAAUGCCAUCCUUCAGUCACUCAGUAACAUUGAGCAGUUUUGCUGUUAUUUCAAAGAACUGCCCGCUGUGGAGUUAAGGAAUGGGAAAACAGCAGGAAGGCGAACAUACCACACCAGGAGCCAAGGGGAUAACAAUGUGUCUUUAGUGGAAGAGUUCAGAAAGACACUCUGUGCUUUAUGGCAAGGUAGCCAGACUGCAUUUAGCCCAGAGUCCUUAUUUUAUGUUGUUUGGAAGAUUAUGCCAAAUUUUAGGGGUUAUCAGCAACAGGAUGCCCAUGAAUUUAUGCGCUACCUUUUGGACCACCUGCACUUGGAACUCCAGGGCGGUUUCAAUGGUGUUUCCCGCUCAGCAAUUCUACAGGAGAAUUCUACUCUAUCUGCAAGUAACAAAUGUUGCAUGAAAGGGAUUUACAAGACAAACUCCCCAAAGACAGAAAGAAAAGAAAAUGGAGCAUCUACGGUUGUCACAGCUAUAUUCGGAGGUAUUCUCCAAAAUGAGGUUAACUGCCUCAUAUGUGGGACAGAAUCUAGAAAGUUUGAUCCAUUCCUGGACCUUUCAUUAGAUAUUCCAAGUCAGUUCAGAAAUAAGCGCUCUAAGAAUCAAGAAAAUGGACCAGUUUGUUCAUUACGAGAUUGUCUUCGCAGUUUCACUGACUUAGAAGAACUUGAUGAGACAGAGUUAUAUAUGUGCCACAAAUGCAAAAAGAAACAAAAAUCCACUAAAAAGUUUUGGAUUCAAAAACUACCCAAGGUGCUAUGCUUACAUUUGAAACGAUUUCAUUGGACGGCAUAUUUAAGAAACAAAGUUGAUACCUAUGUAGAAUUUCCCCUGAGAGGCCUGGACAUGAAAUGCUACUUGCUAGAGCCUGAGAACAGAGGCCCAGAGCACUGCCUUUACGACCUUGCCGCUGUGGUGGUGCACCAUGGUUCCGGGGUUGGUUCUGGACAUUACACAGCGUAUGCAACUCAUGAAGGUCGCUGGUUCCAUUUCAAUGACAGUACUGUAACACUGACUGAUGAAGACACCGUUGUGAAAGCAAAGGCCUACAUCCUUUUCUAUGUGGAACGCCAGGCCAAAGCUGGAUCAGAUAAACUUUAAUACCUCCUUUAAAUCAUUAUUUGUCAAGUAUACCGGACAAACAUUUCCAAUUUUCCGUAAAUACUUGAUCCAAGAUUUAAUUUCAUUAUGCACUUUUCAAUUUCCUAUUUGGGGUUUAGUUUUAUUUUGUCAGUGGUAGUGAUGUAUUGAAUAUGGGCACCAACUAAUUUGUUUUUUUAGUUCUACCAGAAAACCUCAGCAGAUAUUUUGAUUUGCUGCUUUAGUUGUAAUAAUUGUUUUUAUAUGUAGUUUCAAGAACUUAGUUCUAUUUGACUUUUUUUAUAUUAAUGUUUUCAGUUCUCACUUUGAGGCACACUUACAUCAAUGCUUUGUUACUCUCGCAUGUUGCAAGCAGGAGGUGUUCCUGAUUGUGAAGAGCAGCCUAACGGUCUGCUGCCCUUCACAGCUGUCACGGAGACCAGGUUGACUGGAAAGCCAGGAUCAUGUGUGCACAUCAUUUGUGACCCACAGGAUUUCGCUGCUCAGUAAUCGUUCCUUUUGAUUGUAAAAGAGAAGUGGGAGGGCAUCAUUAAGCAGGCCAGGUAAUUGCUGCUCUUGGUAUCUCUCCAGGCUGCUGUUUAUCAGCACUAACUAAAUAAAUUUGUUGGUUCAGUUGUACCUCUACUGCAAAUUCAAGAAUUACUCCUUUUGAGUUUUUGUUUUGUUCUGGGGAUACUUUUUGCUUGUGUGUUUGUGCUCAUGGAGCUAGGAGUACAGAAGAGUCCAAAGAUGACCAAACACUUUGAGUGUGUAAAAAUCUCAGACUCCGCUACACGGUGUAGAUGUUAUCCAGGGGGAGGAAACCAUAGCUUCUGUUUGCCUUUCAAACCAGCAUCUAGUUACCCCACUGGCUCUCGUGCUGGGAAUAACUACAUGUCCACUUCUGUCUUCUUGCUUGGCCAUGUGAGGUCGAGAUGCCGACCUCCAGAGUGGAUUCUGACCUUCACCUAUACUUCAGGUAACGCUAUGGGGUCUGCUCCUAUAGAAGGAAAUCUGAGUCUUUGCUACUUUGGUUUUUAACAACUCUCACUGGUCUAUCCUGAUAGAGCAAACUAAAAAUAUUCACUUUGAAUAGUUUCUGUUCUUUAGUUGUCUUUGUUUCAAAAUUUUCAAGAAGAAUAGGUAUAGGCACUAUUAGGAUUGAACUCAAAUUGAAAUCUGGAACCAGAAUUCCAUCUAAGGAAGGUAACUGAUUCUGCAGGUGGUCCAGGCCAGUCCUGAUGGGGUGGGGGGUGGGGGUGGCAGUGCUUGCAGACUGGAGAGAAGGGAGAGAGAGAGAACACACACACUCCCCAGUAGGCUCUAGCACAGGACCGUGCACUGCUGUCAGCGCAUCUUACUCCAGUCCGUUUCUUCUGUUCUCUACAAGUUGUUAGAAGGGGCAGAAUGUCUUUCAUAUUAAGCCAGUCAGCCAAAAUUUUUGGUAAUCUUGUUUCUCCUAUUAAAAGAAAAAAGCCAAGUUUGUUUUUGUUUUUCUUUUAAGUGCAUGAAUAAUCUGAUGGCUGUCUUCCUGGGUCGGAUGUUUGAAGUUGCAGGAGCAGAUGUGGCUCCAUUUCCAUUUUAAUAUUCGCUAGAUAAAUCCUGUAUUUUUCUCAGGGCAGAAAUCAGCUGCUAAACACUUUAACAUGGCCUGGAACAAACUGCAGUUACAGCUAAACCUGCACUAUCUGGUAUGGCAGUCACUGGUCACAUGUGGUUAUUGAGGUUUUAAUGAAAAUUAAGUUUAAAACCCAGUUCUUCAGUCCCACUAGCUACAUUUCAAGGGCUCAGCAGCCGCUUGUGGCAGAGAAUGCUUGGGCCCAGGGCCGCUCUGUCGUUGUGUAGGGCUCUUGGACAGCGCUGGUCUGCAUUUUCACUCCGGAGAAGAAAGCUUUGCUGUCGUGUUUAGGUCUUGCAACUUAGACACAGAGUCCAGGAGAUAAUUAAGAGGGAAACAUGUAUUUAAAAUAGUUUACAGUGCUAAAUUACAUGAGGUUGAACCAUAAGAGAUUGUGGUAUUUAACCUUUUGAUCUACAACAGUGAAAGUUGCACAUAAUUUGACCUAAUAUAUUAGUACAUUAACACCACAUACAAUUGAAUGUGGAAUGUGCCUCUUCUUUGAUCUGUUUGGUAUCGCCUGUGAAUCCAGCUUCUUUUACUUAGAAGGCAUACAGCUGGGACUUCUAACAUUUGCACUUCCUUUGUCUCUCCGAGGGGGCCCACUAGAGGACUGCAGCAUUAUAGCCUUGGGCAGUGUGGAUAUUGGUGGAGAAAAACGGUCUUUUUAUACCAAAAGGAACUUCGCGACAGCCAGACCACUUUGUUGGGGAAAGUGGUCCUCAGACAGGCAGCGCUGUUGGCUUGAGGGAUGGACACAUCGCCUCUUUGAAUUUCUGGAGUGUUUUUAUUGCUUGAUUUUACUGACGCAGAAAUGUUUGAAUGACAUUAUGAACGCUCCCUUGGAAAAGUGAUUGGAUCCAUUUGAAUUGUGCAUUUGAACGCCAGUGAUGUAAACGUGCCUGUUUGUACUUAAAAAAUUUAACUGUGUAGCCUUAUCACACCUAUUUUAAAAAGCUGAUCUUCGUGUGCUCUUCAGGGCUUUCCCCUGUGCCGUGCUGUCUCUGCGCGUGUGGCUUCUCGCGCAGGGGCUGUGGCGCAGGCGGUGCCUCGCUCUGUCCCAUGGCUCCCUGGAACAAGAACACUUCCUCAGAAGUCCUCCCACACAGGUGGGUGAUGGAAACAGUUUGUGGCAACACAAAUCUCUCUCCAUGGUGGAGAAACCUUUGCUUAUCCACUGUAUUCUACUCAGUGUCUAGAGACGACAUAUGUAAUAGAAUUAAACCAGUCAAGUGUACAGGCCCUGGUUAAGUGUUAAAUGUGUAUCUCACCUGGGGAACCUACUCAGCAGCUUGGUUUCUGGGGUUGGGGACAUAUUUAUUUCUUAAAAGCCAAACCUCUCUUCCAGUGGUUUAGUGUACAUAAGUUUAUUUAGAUUUAUUUCUUCCCCCUCAGGCCCCAGCGUCCCCUCAACUCCCUCACACACCCUGUCGCUGACGUGGCCUCGUCACUUGGGCCCUGAAAAGGCUCAGGAGCAGUCUGUUCCUGUGGCCGGGGCAUGGGGCCCGGGACACUGGGGUGCAGCCGCAGGAACGGGCCCGCGGGGCCGGGCUGUGGGCGAGGUCUCCGCCCCGCCUCGCUGGUGUAACGCCUCCCUCAGGUCUGAGCACCAUGGACUCCAGACCCCACCGCCCCGCCAGUGCUGUGUCUCAUGUACUCGCCCGCCACGAAAGCCUAGUUUGUAUGAUGCGAGAGGAUUAACGGUGCAAGUGACUGAUUUCAUUUACGUUGUAAUCACAACCCUUCUCUGCUUCACCAACCUGAACUUUUAUGGAUAAAAGUAUUAAAGUUCUGGUCUCUUU